UUCCUUUACACACAUUUAAUUUGUCACAUAAGCGCUACAAAGAAGAUGUGACCUAGUUCUCGUCUACAAUCCAAGUCGGAUUAUUCAACAUUUCUCACACAGAACCUAUCAAAUAUAUAUAUUUUUUAAAAACAAAAGAAUAAGGGGCACCUGACCCUUCACUUAUUAUCUCAUUUCAGCUCAGCCUAUUCAGCGAAAGUGGUGUAAUCUACUCGUCCUUCCUACACGUGACUUGCUAUUCUGUUGGUCCAGGCUGCUGUGAAGGAAAGAUGAAUUUGUCAUUUAAAUAUUAAUGAGUGCUGGGGCUUUUUAUAGGGGAACAAAUCAGCCAAAUAGGCUAUAAUGACAUUUUUUUCUUCCUUCUUUCCUUCUUUCGUGAAGAAAGAAAUGAUAGCGACAAAGAUGAAGGACGUACUACUCCUUAAUAUUAUUUUGUUCAUGCUUUAUUUUUAGUUUUAAGAACUGUAUUAACAGCAGUAACAGUGAAAGUAUUUGUAUUUAUUUAUUUCUAUAGCACUUUUCUGAUUAGUCUCACAAUCUGUAAAUAAACAAGUGGGACCAUUAAAAGACAAAGACAUGAAAUAAAAUAUAGUUUAAGUCAAAUCCUUAAUUAAAAUACAUUAGUGUUAGUGAUGUGCCUCCAGGCACAAAACAAACUCAAUCAUUAACAUCCCUCCAUAUGGUAGUGCCACCUUUGCCCCGACUCUCCUUCUGACGUCAGACUCAGGGGGAGGAGUCAGGGAGUAUAUAAACCCGCCCCCUGCGCGUGGUUCUUGAAUGAAGACGCAGAAGAGACGCGCAUCAGGAUCAGGAUCAGGAUUUUCCCACCCUGUCUGAGGUUGAGGUUGUGUGUCUGAGGAGCUGUAUUUUAACCAACUCGGCAUUGGAUUGAAUGCAUUUUUGUUUUUUUGUGUUUGGAUUGGUGAUUUUGUUUGCAUACCGGAUGCGAGCACCUGUGCGUAAUUGGAAAAGUUUUGGCCAUGGCGCGUCUCCAUCUCCGUUUCCUCCUGCUGGCUCUGUCUCUCCUGCUGCCCCUGGCUGCCUCCUCGGGACUGUUUGAGCUGAAGGUGCACUCUUUCAGCACCACACGUCGCUUCUGCAGGAGAACUCGCGACUGCAACAUCUUUUUCCGCAUCUGCCUCAAGCACUCGGAGGACGUGAUCUCCGCCGAGCCGCCCUGCACCUUCGGAACCGGGCAGACCGGAGUGAUGCGGGCCGAACCGGGAGCCAUCUCCAACAGCGCCGCCAUCCGAGUACCCUUCCACUUCAAGUGGCCGGGAACGUUUUCUCUGGUUAUUGAAGCCUGGAACGCCGAGUCACCCAAAGAGCACGCUGACCACACAGAGAACCAGAACAACCUGAUCAGCCGUUUAGCGACGCGGCGGCGUUUAUCCAUCGGGGAGGACUGGUCUCAGGAUGUGCACUUCGGCGAGCAGAGCGAGCUCCGCUACUCGUACCACGUGUUCUGUGAUGAGUUCUACUAUGGAGAUGCGUGUUCAGAUUACUGCCGACCACGCGACGACACACUCGGCCACUACACGUGCGACGAGAAUGGAAAUAAACAGUGUCUGGACGGCUGGCAGGGGGAAUACUGCUCCGAUCCCAUCUGCUCGGCGGACUGCAGCGAUCGUCACGGUUACUGCGAGGCCCCCGGCGAGUGUAAGUGUCGUCUGGGGUGGCAGGGCCCGUCCUGCAGCGAGUGUGUGCGCCACCCCGGCUGUCUGCACGGCACCUGCACGCAGCCUUGGCAGUGUGUGUGUAAAGAAGGCUGGGGAGGUCUUUUCUGCAACCAGGACCUGAACUACUGCACCAACCACCGGCCCUGCGCUAACGGAGCCACCUGCACCAACACGGGCCAGGGCAGCUACACCUGCACCUGCCGGCCGGGGUACGGAGGCACCGACUGCGAGCUCGAGAUCAACGAGUGCGACUGCAACCCCUGUAAGAACGGCGGCAGCUGCAACGAUCUGGAGAACGAUUACUCGUGCACAUGCCCUCAGGGCUUCUACGGGAAAAACUGUGAGAUCAUAGCAAUGACGUGUGCAGAUGAUCCGUGCUUUAACGGAGGAACAUGUGAGGAACGUUUCACUGGAGGCUACGUGUGCCGCUGCCCCCCAGCCUACACUGGCUCCAACUGUGAGAAGAAACUGGACCGCUGCAGCCAUAAACCCUGUGCCAACGGUGGUGAGUGUGUGGAUGUGGGCUCCGGGGUGCUGUGUCGGUGUCGCCCGGGGUUCGCCGGGCCACGCUGCGCCGUUAACGUGGACGACUGCGCACGUUCUCCUUGUCAGAACUCGGGAACAUGUGUAGAUGGAGUGAACGACUACACAUGCUCGUGCACACUUGGAUUCACGGGGAAGAACUGCAGUGUGCGUGCCGAUGCCUGCCUCUCACACGCUUGCCUGCAUGGCGGUACCUGCUACACACACUUCUCAGGCCCCGUGUGCCAGUGUGUGCCUGGAUUCAUGGGUCCCAGCUGUGAGUUCCCCGUGCUGGAUAGGGCCGGACUGGAGCGGGCAGCGUCACGCACCUCUCGAGGUUCCUCCCCUUCCACGGUGGCGGCGCUGUGCGUGCUGGGCGUGCUGGCAGCAUGCCUGGGCGUGUGCGUGGCUGUGGUGUUCCUGAGGCGCAGGAGGCAGCGGCUGCGCAGACAGCAGCUCUGCGACUCUGUUUUCAAUGACCUCGAGACAGUCAACAAUCUCGACCGGCAGCACUACCCAUAUGAACACGAAUUCCUGUCCAGAGCUGUCAGUCAGGUGAAGCCGAGCAACACAGAGGCCAGGCUCGGCUGCUCAUUGGCUCCCGGGCACACGCUUCCUGCCGGGAGGGACUUCCUGUGGAGCGCCGGAGGGGCGGGGAUUAGAUAACAGGCGCAUAGGUUCAGGAAACAAGUUUCAAACACCACACAUGCGCGCGCAUAUAUAUAUAUAUAUAUAUAUAUAUAUAUAUAUAUGUAUAUGUAUAUAUGUAUAUAUGUGUAUAUAUAUAUAUAUAUAUAUGUAUAUAUGUGUGUGUGUAUGACACACGCGCGCGCACAAACUGAGUGAAGAAUGAAAAUGAUUUAAGCACUUCUUUUUCAUUUAAAAAAAAAAAAACAUGACAGAAUAAAGUGUUGAACAGGACCUUUUCUGUCGGACCGAUGGAGUUUAGGCUCCUGAAACCAAAAAAAAUAUAUAAAAAAUUAAGCUACUUUAAAGUGUUAGAUUUGGUAUAGAUGGUGAUUACUACAGAACUCAACAUAAACAGUAUGUGACUAGUCAUUUCUGUAUUAUAAGGCAUGAAUGAAAUUCUGUAUGAUUAAAGAAAAUUCACAAUAUACAGUAUAUGUAAGCAAAAAAUGAAAAUGUACAAAUUAUUUGAAAGAAUACGUCACAAAAUACCUGCAGGAAAGAAAGAAAAAACCACAUGACCCAUCCCAUAGUUUGGGAUUAUUAUGGUAGGUUAGGCCAAAUCCUGACUGGCUUCUAGAAAACUGAUGUUCAGCCUUUCAGUUUAUUUUUUAUCGAAGAAUGAGUCGAACAUCAUUCCUCCUUUUAAUUCUGAUUUAUCUUUUCAACAUUAUGGUGAAUGGUGUGUUUUUUGGGGUUUUUUUUAAAAACACUUUUAACCUCUAUACUAUAUACUUUUUUAUAUCCAUUAUAAUGAUAUGUAAACAAUGAGAUGUCUGGGUUAGCUGGAUAACUUAAUUCUUUUAUAGUUCUGGUUUAAGUUAUCCAGCUAAUUGUAAAUUCCUGCUUUUUUAAAAAUAUAUAUAUAUAAACUCUCUAGAUCUCGAACUGGGAAAGUUCGAAGUCUGCAUUUCCGCCGACGUUCGAUUGUAACGAAGUCCCAAAUGACGGCUAAAGUUCUCUCCGACUCCUCCUGACAUCCUGUACGGAUGUUCGUUCUACUUGUAUGAUCCACAAAAUGGAGUGUAUUAGAUCUGUACUUUCAUUGUUACAAAGUCAGAAAUAUAUUUAUAAAUAUUUUCCUAAACCAAAAUGGGGAUAUUGUUAGCCCAGCGUUGUAUUGCUAUGUAGCAGCGAGCUCUUUCCCUAUGUGUAAGCGGGAAGUCAUUUGUUGUCAUUUUGAUACGUAGAACUUGAGGUUUUCUGAAUGUGAUGUUUCUGACUCGUAAAAAAAAAAAAAAAAAGAUUUCUGUAGCCAUUUCACCUUUCAUGACCCUUAAACCUGAGUUUAAUGCCUGCUUUAAGUUCCUGUUUUGCAUUUUUGUACUUUUAAUUUCAAUCAUUUUUCUUGUGAGACAAUAUUUUAUGUUAAUUUAUUUUGUAUGUCUAUUUCUUUGUCAAGUUAAUAAUAAAAUGUGUAAUGUAAUCCCGCAUCAUUCAUUAAUCCGGCAUAAAUUUACAGAAGGUCAAGGGAUUGGUUUACCAGUAAUCUCCAACAACCAAUCAGAGUUGAGCUUUUGGGGAAAUGGAAAAGUUCGGCGAUAAAAAGCGAUAACGAUGUGCUUUAUUUCACUGAUCUAAUUAUUACACUGACCGGAUUAGCCAUUAACAGAGAGGUUUAUCGAUUAAGUAUGAAUAUGUGAAAUUUGCCCUG